UGCAAGUCACGCCAAAAGGGACGGGCGUGAUACUCACACCUCAUCACGACAUUUCUCAUUUAGCACAAACAGUAAGUAAAGCAGGGCACACGUUGCACUAGGAAAGUCGGAAGCAAAAAGCGUGCACUUUUCCUUCAUAAAAUUCAAUUUAAUCGAGACUCUACACACCCGUUAAAGGCCGUUGAAAGUGAAAUUUUGGGGCCACAAACAGUUGGCCACAUUUGACGUCCGUUUGCCAGUUCCAUUUCUUCUUCGGUCACGAUUUCGAUUCUCCACGGUGUGGUCAAUAUUUUGACGUACGGGUGCGCGCACAUUCGCACUUCCUAUGCGUAGUAGUAAGUGGGCCUUUUUUAUUUUUUUUUUUUAAAGAAGAAGAAAGCUUCUCUUUUGCAUUGUUCGUACGCACGCAAUGGUGACCUCGACUGUUCACCGUGAUCCAACUCACAACUGCCAACUCCAGCAAAAGUGUCCGGGAAUGCUUCAAUCACGACCGCAACGCACCGUCGUGGAGGGUUCGUCGCUUGCUGUCGUUUCGUUUCUGCCGCAGUGAGCAAUCCCCAACGGGAGCGGAGUCGUGCCGUGCGAGGAUGAUUAAAAAUUCUUACCCGUUGAAUGGGUCAACGAAAUGGGGAAAAGCGUGUGUGUGUGUGUCACCAGUUCCCCCAAAAAGUGCCGAAUUCUGGGUGGGAAUUGUAAUAAAAACCCUCGACCGUUCGGCGUCCGGAGGUUAGUUUUGUUUGAAGAAGUUAUCCUUUCGGACGUUGCAGUGAGUGAGUUGAGCGGUGUGGUCAGGCACUCUUUAACUCUUCAACAUGCGUGCUAGUGGGUGGUUUAUUGUGUACGCGAUCGGAAGUGUACUGCUGGUGGGUCUUUCCACCGCAGAUCCAGUGAUCGGUAGUGGAAGUGUCUUUGCCGCUACAAUAACACGUGCUUUGGUGCCUCCGAAACGUGAUGCCCUGCUGCUGGGUAAUCGGUACGGUGCAGGACAGCCAGAAAUAAUAGUGAAUCGAGCUCCAGGCUCGCCAGCUCCGCCACAGCGUGACCAGGGAGCUGGCUCGUCGGGGUACAACUAUGAUGCACCGGCUGCCGCAUAUCUUCCCCCGGAAUCGGUUCCAUUCGCCGAUGAACCAGCUCCACCGGUGAACAACUACCUGCCGCCCGUCAUUGCAAACGAUCCGCUCGCCGAUGAGCCCGCGUUUCCUGCGUCACCUCCACAGGCAGACUAUCUGCCACCGUCAAAUGAUCCGCCGCAGCGAGAUGAAGUGUUUGUAGUGUCCACGGUGUCUCCGGCAGAGCAGGGCUAUAACUACAACGCACCGACAACGUCAACUACCUUCGCUCCGCUAGCGGACGAAGGGUUCGAGGAGAGCCCAGACCAGGAGGGAGGCUAUCGGUACGACCCACCGGCAAACAUUUACAUCCCACCGUCAGCGGGCGGUGUUGGCCGAUCGCUUCGCGACGAUCCUGCCGGGGCGAGAGCUCCCAUAAGGCUGCAGUUGAAUGAGCUCGCCUGCUUGCGAAACGGGGGCGGUUACUUUCGUGCGUCCCUCACGGUGCAAAGCCCAAUUGAGAGUGUCCCGCUGGUGGACGUUGAGAACGAUGGCGGUGAUCUGAGCGGGUGCGAGGUACGGCUCGAUCAGUCGCGCCUGCUCGUCGAUAUAGCGUGGCCCGACUUUGGUCGGUGCGGCGUGACACCGUGCGGGCAGACGCCGGCGAGAGAGCUUUGCCUGCGGGUGCGCUUCCCCGCCAUUGCCGGUAUGCGCACGGCCAUCGAUCCGGUGCUGACGCUGCAGUGCCGCAUACAGCAGCGGAUCGUCGCACGGACGCACUCGGUGCGGCUCGGGGUGGCGGAAGAUGCGCAGGCCCGGUCCGGCACGGGGACGGCCUUUGCAAUCGGGGGGUCGCAGCGCCCGUUUCGCUCGCAGCUGGGCAUCUUUCGGCGACAGGGUGGAGGAGGCGGCGGAUCGUUCACCCGAGCACUGCAGCCGGGCGGAGCGGUACUGCUCGGGGAGGAGUUGAUGCUGCGGACGCAGGUUUCGGCGGGAGAUGGAUGGAACUUUACGCGCCUUUCCGAGGUGGUAAUGCAACGGCUGUCGCCAACCGGAACCGUACUCAACUCCGCUUCGCUCGUGAACGCGAACGGAUGCUUGAACCCGCUGAUGCGUGCCAUCAGCCCGGUUGCGCCCGUCUUUGAGGCACCGCUCGGCUACCGGUUGGGCUUUCGGGCGGCCAUGUUCCAGGGAAUGCGCAGCGGCGACGAGAUGAUCCUGCGCGUCCGGAUCGUCGGUUGCGUUGAUCGGCGAGAGUGUUUGGUGGUAGGUUGAGGUUUUGGUUUUGAUCAAUUUCUUUAUUUUUUUUAAAUGUUCAUUAAAUUAAAAAAUAUACAUGAAUAAGCAGCUUUAAUGUAGAAGCGAACAUCAAAUCAACUGCUUCUCAUCCUCUGCCCCAGGAAAACUGUCAAACAACUGCCCGCACCAAACGUGAAACCGAAAGUCCCGUGCCCGAAGCAGCCCAAGGCACAAAUGCAACGACACCCGCAACAACAGCGACCACAACCACCGCGGCAACACUGCCACUGGCCGAGACGGCAUCGAUCGCCUUCCGAAUUAUGCUACCGCCGGAGCUGGCCGCUUCCUCUACCGAUCCGCAGAACACACCAUCCGGCCACACAACGUCCCCCAUGUCACUGCUCUGGAUCACCGUCGGCACGACGUCGGCGGUCGUGCUGGCCAUCGGCGUGCUAGCGCUGGUGCUGGUCGCAUUGCGCCACCAUCGGCGUCCCAGUUACGAUGAGUAUCGGUCGGAUUAGCGCUUAAGCUGGCUUUUAAAAGCGACACCACGUGUGCAAACGGCCGAAUACCAUCGAGCGUUCGAUGAAUGAAAGCGAACGUGAUGUGAAUGGGACGUGCCGCCGCUAUUAGCGGAUGCGCAUUCUUGAGUUUGCUUCUAUGCUUGCUUUUUUUCUUCUUCUUUCUUUUAAAGGGUAAGGUUCGUCGCUUGGAGCGAUUUGAGCGAGGAGGGCAAACACAAAAAAAAGACAGCAAGCGACGAACCCCUCGCGCGCUCGCGCGCACUCGCACAGUCUCUUGGGGAUAUCGUGCGAGGGAACGUGAAAAAAGUUGCCAUUUGCCACCGUGAAAGCGCUGUAGCUGUUAAGUGAGUUAUUAAAGUCUCUCUCGAAGCGGAGGGCUGCAGAAUGUGAGCAUCAUAUAUGAGCAUCGUCGGGGCUCCGAUCGAUUGAGUGAAGCGAGCAGUGGUAGUUAAAAAAACAGACGCGCAUUAAAUGAUUGCCGCCGCUUUUUCAACAGUCCGUUGAAUGAUUUCUUGCUAAAAAAACUUUGCAAAAAAACAGCAUCCUCCCGAUAGCCAUGACGAGUUCAACGGGAAGCCGCCUCAUAAGUAGACAGCGAGAUAAAGCGGAGAAGCAGUAAAGAAACACAUCAGCUCAAAACCGCAUAAUAGCAAACCAAUGACGCACGCUUGGUUGUAUAGCGAGUAAAGGGGAACGGCAACAUCGAGAAGGGUUCGUCGCUUUGCAAAAGGGCAGAAGGGCCCUGCGCACGAUGACCACCAAGUCGAAGGCUUAAUGAAAUCCGCUGAGAAUUCCUACCUCCUAAACCGUGUAUCCCCGGCCAUUCCUUUCGCUCUGAUCGUGCAGUGUGUGCUUGUGUGUUUUGCCGUGCUUCAUCACAUCGCAUGCAUGCAUGCAUGCAGCCGAACUGCAACGGUGACUGUGACCGAAGGCUUACCAAGCGGCCCGGGAUCCGAUCGUGCAUGAAGCAUUGAGCCGCUCGAGUGUAAUACACACGUAUAGCAAGAAAAAAAGAGUUUAUUUAAUUAGGUUGUUGCUGGUGGCCGUCGAGGUGUUGCGUCGGCCUCGGCGGUUGGCUUUGUGUAUGAUUAAUUAUUUAUUUGUAAAUUAUGAAACGAAGGCGACAAAAGUUCUUGCGCGCAUUUUGCGCAUUGUGUGUGAAAAGAAUGCGCUGCGCUGCGGAUUGCGAUUUUGCAACGCUUAAGAAGCUUACGGUAUUUGCUGUGUGUGUAGAGAUGAUUUGUUUUGUGGUGCAAUAAAACUUAGUACAUGUGUAUACAGUGUUAGUGAUGGACUUUGAUCUUUUUUUUUGUUUGGUUUUUUGAUGGAAAAGAGGGUUAAUGCUGCCCUUUUUGUUUGAGUUUUACUUGGGAGCACUAUUUCUUCAUCAAUUGUACAAUAAAAUAUUAUAUUAGCAUGUAGUGGAGUAUUACGAAUCUAAAUGAAUGACAUCUAUUUGCUAUUCGUUAAACAUAUUUAAAAUAAAAUAACGUUUUUCUUUUUCUUAAUUAUUCUUAAGUACCCUAUUAGAAUGUUUGCUUUACUGCAGAAAUGAUUGAUGGAUUAUAGCUCUUGUAAUAUCAUGCACACAACUUGUUUAUACCAAUAUAUUGUUGUUUCUAA